UAAAACAGCCGCCUCCCACGGAGGAGUGCGCGUAGGCUACUCGGUCAUUCGUCGCUGUAGGGAGCGCAUAUCUCUCACUGUCAGUUUUAUUUUUGAACCAUUGCCGUGACGUCCGUCCUCCCUCGCGUUUGGGUAACUCCCUGCCAGUACAGACCUGCGUUGCCCGGACCGGACGAACACCAGCGCCUGUAUCAGACUCGCCUCGCAACUGAACGUUGGCUCCAAGAUAAGCGAAGUAGGCCAGUCUCAGUGAAACAGUCGUCCUCUAACCUCGGCCGCCCGCGCGACGAUAAUGCAUAGUCUGAGGAGACUCCGAGUGGCCAGAGUGCUCCAGCUGCUGGUGAACAAUGCCGCCGAGACGCCCGCGCUUGCGCGCAACAGCUGCGUUUUGGACCGGCUGCGACCCCUCAGCCAGCCGCUCUGUCGGGGCAUAAUGUCGCAGCACCCGUGGUCCUACGACGGACCCCCGGCCAUGGACUGCAACAGUGGGGUCACUGAGGCUAUGUUGUCCAGUCUGGAGGACCUGCUGUUCUACACCAUCACAGAGGGAAAAGAGCAGAUCUCCAUAUCGCGCUUCAUCUCUGCUCUGAAGAGCACGGGCCUGCUGACCUCUGACCCCCGGCUGCGGAGCUGCAUGGGGCUCCUCCGGCGAGCAGCGCAGGACUCCUCCGGGGCGGCCAUGAUGGACCGCCCGCUCUUCAGGAAGUGUGUGAGCAGUAACCUCGUCCUCCUGGCCCAGGCCUUUAAGAAGCAGUUCAUCAUCCCAGACUUUGAGGCCUUUUCGUCCAACAUCAAUCAGAUCCACCAAAGAGCUCAGAGCCUGGAGGGCGGGCAGGUAGCGGACUACAUCCCCCAGCUGGCCAAGUUCAGCCCGUCUCUGUGGGGCGUGUCCCUGUGUACAGUGGAUGGGCAACGGCACUCUGUGGGCGACACCAAGGUGCCGUUCUGCCUGCAGUCCUGCGUGAAGCCCCUGGGGUACGCCAUGGCGGUGCACGAGGUCGGCACUGAGCAUGUGCACCACUACGUGGGCAAGGAGCCCAGCGGGUUCAAGUUCAACAAGCUGUCACUCAACGAGGAAGAAAAACCACACAACCCCAUGGUCAAUGCUGGCGCCAUCGUCAUCAACUCUCUCAUCAAGCCUGGAUCAAAUAAAGCAGAGAAGUUUGACUAUAUGAUGGACUUCCUCAAAGGGAUGGCAGGAGGAGAAUAUGUGGGCUUCAGCAACGCAACGUUCCAGUCAGAGAAAGAAACAGGGGACAGGAAUUUCGCCAUUGGAUACUACCUGAAAGAGAAACGUUGUUUUCCGCAGGGAGCAGAUAUGAUAGCUGCGCUGGACUUUUAUUUCCAGCUCUGCUCCAUAGAGGUGACCUGUGAGUCAGGCAGUGUCAUGGCUGCCACCCUGGCCAAUGGGGGCAUCUGUCCAAUCACAGGCGAGCGUGUGCUGAGUGCAGAGGCCGUGCGCAACACCCUGAGCCUCAUGCACUCCUGCGGCAUGUACGACUUCAGCGGGGAGUUCGCCUUCCACGUGGGCCUACCUGCUAAGUCAGGGGUUUCAGGAGCAGUGUUGUUGGUGGUGCCCAACAUCAUGGGGCUGAUGUGCUGGUCGCCCCCUCUGGACAAGGUUGGGAACAGCAUCCGGGGGAUUCACUUCUGUCAGGACCUGGUGUCCCUGUUCAACUUCCACAACUAUGACAACCUGAGGCACUUUGCCAAAAAGCUGGACCCCCGCAGACCGGCUGGGGACGACAGGAACACGUCGGUGAUCAACGUGAUGUUUGCAGCCUACAGUGGGGACGUCUCGGCCCUGAGGAGGUUUGCUCUCUCGGCGAUGAACAUGGAGCAGAAGGACUACGACUCACGCACCGCGCUGCACGUGGCUGCAGCUGAAGGACAUGUGGAGGCCGUGGUGUUUCUGACAGAGCAGUGCAAGGUUAACCCUUUCAUCAAGGACAGGUGGGGGAACACCGCCCUGGACGACGCGCUGCAGUUUGGGCGGGAGAAGGUGGUGACAGUUCUGCAGGAGUAUGAGCGCGCUCACCAGAUGCAGUCUGACGCCGAGGAUCAUGGGAAGCUGGAGGCUGUGGACAGAAUGGUGUAGUGACCCGGGCGAGCAGGACCCAGAGGCGGGACGGCCGGUGACCUUUAACCUCUCUGCAGCAGACUGAGAGGGCGACAGCCUUUUUUAGAUUUUUUUUUUUUUUCUCCCAAUUUUUUUGGGAGGCCAAUUGUACCCUGUUUAUCGUCAAUUCCCAUGUGUUUUCGAGGAAACACCAUCGCAACCCUGCCCCCUGGUGGCCAGAAUGAGAACGACACGCCUUCUUCAUGCCGUGUGUCUCGAGGCCUGGACCGUGUUUCCGAGGUGAUCAGGGACGCUUGUAUGCGCCGAUCCUCCCGCGGAGCUUCCCCCCCCCCGCCCCCCCCCCCCCCCCCACACACACACACACAAAACACACACACAGGCAUGCACACACACAAAACACACACACAGGCAUGCACACACACAAAACACACACACAGGCAUGCACACACACAAAACACACGCACAAAACACACACACACACACAAAACACACACACAGGCAUGCACACACACACACACACACGCACACAUGCACACACACAAAACACACACACAGGCAUGCACACACACACAAACGUCCACACGCCCACACACACACGCACCUGCAUCUCUAUGUGCCGGUGCUCUUUCGCAGCUGUGGUUGCACACGUUGUGUACAUAUUCGCCUGUAGUCCUGAGUGCCUUAAGUCUUCGUUUUUCUAAAAGGAUUUUCUGUCAUGGAAACAUUAUAUUCAUUGAUUUAUUUUAGAUGUGCUGGAGUAGAGUACGAAGUAUUUUACUGUAUGUAUAUAAAAUACAAGAUAAUGUGAAUGUAUGUGAUAUCGCUGAUGUGAAGACCAGUGAGUGCCUUCCAAACCAAAAAGUUGCACAUGGUGAUUGUCCCAAAAGUCUUAUCUUCAACAUAUCAACAACCUUUGAUUACCUCAACUUUUGGUCAGUACAGUGUUGGUGUUACCUGAGGAAUCACCCAAAGCGGAGUUUGUGCCACCAUCUGAGCGUAGGAAGCUCAGCUCAUUACCCUUCAGCUUUGUGGAAAUUACUUUUACUGCAGAAAGCACCUUUUUUCCCAGUCAUUUCUUCAUUUGGGUGAAGUGUGCUGCUUCUCCUAACAAGUGUCAUUCUGUGAUGACAAUAAUGUAAUAAUGUAAUGUGAGCAUCCUCACUGAUUAAAUCUCACUGAGUUUGUGCCGUCUUGGAAUGCUGACAUGUUGGCGAUACGCGGUGAUUCUGAAUGCUACCUGUUGUAACGCAGAAAUAACUGUAACUGUGGGAAUCAAACAUGGUUUGGAGAUCAUUUAGAACUGCAUGAGAGAACUGUAUAAUUCUGCUCUAUUGUAAAUAAAGAUGACAGUUGAAGAGUA